CUCGGGCCGGGCCGGAAGUGAGCGCACGGCGGCGGCGGGCUCGUCCCUCCAGUGACUUUAUCCGCGGCGGCGGCGGCGGCAGGGACGGGAAAUGGCUGUUGCCGCGGGGCAGCGGCGCGGCGAGGUCUACUGAAUCUAUUUUCAAAGUCAAGGGCCAAAGAUUGUUAGGAAGAAGGGAUUGAUCUCUUAAAUGGACAUCUGCUUUCACGUUAUGGCUCAGAUAUCCAGUAGCAAUGGACAGCGUUCAUCUCCUUCAUUGGGAACUGCAAGGACAAAAGAUGUGGACAAAGAAGAGGCAUUGCAGAUGGAAGCUGAGGCACUAGCUAAGAUGCAAAAGGAAAGAGUGGUAACUGGUAAUAAGCAAACUUCUGAGUCUUUAAGCAGCACCAGACAAAAAGCACAAACUCAUAAUAAACAGGACCAUGAUCUCAUGGUGUUUCCAGAGGCUGCUGCCAAAAAGAGGGUGGAAGAUAAAUUAAGCACUGUUGAUAUAGAUAAAAUGACCCAUGCUGAAUUAGAGAAACUGCUUCUAGAUGAAAGUUUUGAAUCUAGUAAAGUACCUGCAUUACCAGCAACUCCUGUUCUGAGCCCAUCAUUUUCUUCACCAUUUUAUAUUGGGCCUACUGGUCAAAGAGGACAGUGGACACCUCGGCUACCUGGGCCUGUGACUUGCACUUUACCUCCUAUUUACCCAUCAGCUUCUUACAAUAAACAAGCUGGUGUAUUUCAGAAUGGGUUCCACCUAAGCAUGUCCACCUAUCAAUCUACAGAACCUGUUUAUCUUAGUCUUCCCGGGCGGUCUCAAUACAUUUCAUACCCAUUGACAACUACUACACCUUUCCAUCCACGAGGAAGCCUGCCCAUGUAUCCUCCAACACUCACGCCAGAAAUGGCAAAAGUAUUUGACAAAAUAGCCAGCACCUCCGAAUUCUUGAAAAAUGGGAAAUCCAGCACUGACUUAGAGAUGACUGAUUUUAAGUCUAUAGUACCUAAACUACCAACCUCAGAAAACUCCAGUGAUAUUAGUAAAUUUGAUUGGCUGGACUUGGAUCCUCUAAGUAAACCAAAAGUGGAUAAUGUGGAGAUCUUGUGUAAUGCAGAGGAUGAUGCAAAGGUGACUUCAAGUACAGUUGCAGAAGAUCCAUGGGAUGCUGUGCUACUAGAAGAAAAAUUGCUAGUAACGUGUCAUCUUGAAAGAAAAGUGAAUGGGAAAUCCACUGCUGGGGCAACAGUUACAAGAAGCCAGUCUUUAAACAUUCGAACAACUCAGCUUGCAAAGUUACAGGGCCAAACACCACAGCAAGACAAUGGGACCACUAGCCUGACAACAGAAAAUGCACUUCUCCAAGAUAUUGAAGGGCGGAAUCAAGAGCUGGCAGCUUUUUGUCAAGCAGUUACCAAAUUGAGGACCAACUUUCCCUAUACCAAUCAGCACACAAAUCCAGGCUUUGUGCUCAGUCCAGUCAUGUUGCAAAGAAAUAUAAGUGGGGAGAAUGCCAGUAUCAAGGUUUCUAUAGAAAUUGAAGGAUUCCAACAGCCAGUAACAUUUACAUGCGAUGGGAGUUCUCCUGUCGAGCUUAUAAUAAUGCAGGCACUUUGCUGGGUACAUGAUGACUUGAAUGAAGUGGACAUUAGCAGCUAUAUCCUGAAAGUCUGUGGUCAAGAAGAAGUUCUACAGAAUAAGCACUGUGUAGGAAGUCAUGAAUACAUUCAGAACUGUCGAAAAUGGGAUGCAGAGAUUAAACUGCAGCUCCUGACCCAUAGUGUAGUAUGCAGAGAUCUGGCACGAACAGAAGAAGAUGAUAGGACACCUACAAAUUUAACAAAACACCUCUACAAAACAGAAAAGCCUUUCAGAGAAAAUAUUUCAAGGCAUUCUGUUGAAGAGCUCCUAGAGGCUUACCAUAUUCAAACUGACAUGGCUCUUAAAAACAAGAACCAACAGAAAGCAGUAGAUCAUGUAAUCAAGGCUGUAAGAAAAAUCUGUUAUGCACUGGAUGGCGUAGAAACUCAAGCAAUAACAGACUCUGUAAAGAAGCUGAGGAGGGUUGUUAAUCUUCCAAGGAGUAAAAGUCCUGAGGUGUCCUUAAAGCCCAGUGAUGACACUAGCAACAGUUCAGUUGGUUCAUUGCAGCCUGAAAACCCUGUGCGAGUGAGCAUAGACCAGUUGACUGCAGCAGUCUAUGCUCUUCUUCACCUCCACUUAAACUCAGGCUGCAGUAGCAGCAAUUCUGCAACAAAAAAUAAUAGAAGCACUAAGGAAGCAUGGACUGCCACAGAGCACCUGCAAUUCACAAUAUUUGCUGCUCAUGGAAUUCUUACCGGUUGGGUGUCAAAUUAUGAAAAAUACUAUUUGGUUUGCUCUCUGACCCAUAAUGGAAAAGAUUUGUUUAAACCCGUUCAGUCCAAGAAGGUUGGCACAUACAAGAAUUUCUUCUAUCUGAUUAAAUGGGAUGAACUAAUCAUUUUCCCCAUCCAGAUUUCACAAUUGCCAUUGGAAUCGAUCUUGUGUCUUACUCUGUUUGGAAUAUUAAAUCAAAAUAGUGGAAGUUCACCUGAUUCAAAUAAACAGAGAAAGGGCCCAGAGAUGUUGGGUCAAGUUUCUUUACCUCUUUUUGACUUUAGACGUUUGUUAACUUGUGGGACUAAGCUCUUACACCUUUGGACUUCAUCACAUGUGACUCCAGCAUCAGGAACUGCCCAUAAAAGAGGAAAUCUCAUGGAAAAAAUAGUUUUGCAGGUUGACUUUCCCUCCCUGGCUUUUGAUACUGUAUACAAAAUUCCUCAAGCUGCAAACGGUUUGGUACAUCAUUCAAUAGAAACAUUGGAAAAAAAUGUAAAGGAGCGUCUUCUUGCUAUUCUUGCCAAAGAUGGCACCCUUGGGCUAUCAAAGGAAGAUAAAGAAUUUUUGUGGGAGAAGCGACAUUAUUGCCAUGAACACACACACAGCCUUCCAAAAAUAUUAGCUAGUGCCCCACACUGGGACUGGGCAAGUCUUCCUGAAAUAUACUCACUGCUUCAGCAGUGGCCUCCCCUACCUCCUUUGACUGCUAUGGAACUACUGGAUUCAAAGUUUGCAGAUCAGGAAGUGCGAACCACAGCUGUGAAUUGGAUUGAAGAAAUAAGUGAUGAUGAGUUAACAGACUUCCUCCCGCAGUUUGUGCAGGCAUUGAAGUAUGAAACAUACCUGGACAACUCUUUAGUCAGAUUCAUUUUGGCUCGGGCAUUAGGAAAUAUUCAGAUAGCACACUGUGUAUAUUGGCUUCUGAAGGAUACCCUACAUGAUGCAAAAUUUGGGGUAAGGUAUGAGCAUAUUCUUGGUGCCUUCCUCUCGGUCUGUGGGCAAGGGCUGCGGGAAGAGCUGGAGAAACAGACCAGACUGGUACAGCUUUUGGGAGUGGUAGCAGAAAAAGUAAAACAAACAAGUGGAUCUGCUAGGCAGGUUGUCCUGCAAAGUGGUAUGGAACGUGUACAGUCCUUUUUCAUGAAGAACAAAUGCCGUUUGCCUCUCAAUCCCAGCCUUGUGGCAAAAGAAUUAAAUGUCAAGGCAUGUUCGUUCUUCAAUUCUAAUGCAGUACCACUAAAAGUCACAUUGGUGAAUGCAGAUCCUCUGGGAGAAGAAAUUAAUGUUAUGUUUAAAGUCGGAGAAGAUCUGCGACAAGAUAUGUUGGCUUUACAAAUGAUAAAGAUUAUGGACAAAAUCUGGCUGCAGGAGGGACUGGACCUGCGGAUGGUUAUCUUCAAGUGCCUCUCAACUGGAAAAGAUCGAGGAUUGGUGGAACUUGUUCCUGCUUCAGAUACACUUAGGAAAAUUCAAGUGGAAUAUGGAGUGACAGGAUCUUUUAAAGACAAGCCACUUGCAGAAUGGCUGCGAAAGUAUAAUCCUACAGAGGAGGAAUAUGAAAAGGCUUCAGAAAACUUCAUCUAUUCUUGUGCAGGAUGCUGCGUAGCCACCUACGUAUUGGGAAUCUGUGACCGUCACAAUGAUAACAUAAUGCUUCGAACCACGGGACAUAUGUUCCAUAUUGACUUUGGAAAGUUUUUGGGCCACGCACAGACGUUUGGUAGCUUUAAAAGGGAUCGGGCUCCUUUUGUGCUAACCUCAGAUAUGGCCUAUGUCAUUAAUGGUGGUGAAAAACCUACUAUUCGUUUUCAAUUGUUUGUGGAUCUCUGCUGCCAAGCUUACAAUUUGAUCAGGAAACAUGCAAACCUCUUUCUUAACCUGCUUUCACUGAUGCUUUCUUCAGGGUUACCAGAACUUACUGGACUUCAAGACUUAAAAUAUGUCCAAGAUGCUCUUCAGCCCCAAACUACGGAUGCAGAAGCUACUAUUUUCUUUACAAGGCUGAUUGAAUCCAGUUUGGGAAGUGUUGCCACAAAGUUUAAUUUCUUCAUUCACAACCUGGCUCAGCUGCGUUUUUCAGGCCUACCUUCCAAUGAUGAACCCAUUCUCUCAUUUUCUCCCAAAACCUAUUCGCUUAGACAAGAUGGUCGAAUCAAGGAAGUGUCCGUGUUUACGUACCAAAAGAGGUACAACCCAGAUAAACAUUAUAUCUAUGUGGUGAGAGUCUUGAGAGAGGGACAAGUUGAACCAACGUUUGUCUUCCGGACAUUUGAUGAGUUCCAGGAACUUCACAACAAACUCGGUAUUCUCUUUCCUCUUUGGAAGUUACCAGGCUUUCCUAAUAAGAUGGUUCUGGGAAGAACGCAUAUAAAGGAUGUAGCAGCCAAAAGAAAAGUAGAGCUGAACAGCUACAUACAGAGUUUGAUGAACAGUUCAGCAGAGGUGGCAGAGUGUGAUCUUGUUUAUACUUUUUUUCACCCUCUACUUCGUGAUGAGAAAGCUGAAGGAAUAGAUGGAAUAGCUAAGCCUGCAGAUGCAAGUCCAUCAAGUCCUACCUCAGGCAAAGUGGGAGGAGAAGUAAAGUUGUCUAUCUCGUAUAGAAAUAGCACUCUGUUUAUCAUGGUGAUGCACAUUAAAGACCUGGUUACUGAAGAUGGUGCAGAUCCAAAUCCUUAUGUAAAAACAUACUUACUUCCAGAUAUAAACAAAACAUCUAAACGCAAAACCAAAAUCACACGAAAAACAAGGAACCCAACAUUCAAUGAAAUGCUUGUGUACAGUGGAUACAGUAAGGAGACUUUGAAGCAGAGGGAACUUCAGCUAAGUGUGCUCAGUGCAGAAUCGUUGCGUGAGAACUUCUUUCUGGGUGGAGUUAUGCUGUCCCUAAAGGAUUUCAACUUGAGGAAGGAGACUGUUAACUGGUAUCAGCUGACUGCAGUGCCAUAUCUGUGAACUCCUACAGUAGAAAAUCACAAAAGUGAACCAGUUCUGCACACUUGUGUUUGGUGCAUUUUUCCUACUUGAAAAUAACUUGGACAUUUUAAAAUGAGACUCUGCGUUUCAACACAUGUUGGACCAACCCCUCACCAAGCUGAAACCACAGGAUUUCUAGAAACCACCUGUUUUAGGCUUAUGUGAUAAUAUCCAAGCAUUAAUGUAAAUUUAAUUUUUGUAAUCCUAGUACUUGUGGGUAACUAAAGUUUUAAACCAUCCCUGGAAUCUUCAGGUAGUUUAUUCUGGCUUUACUGUAUCAGUUCAACCACAUUUAAUCACUUGCCCUGUGGAUAUAGUAUAAGUAAUCUUUUCUGUUACCUGUUACAUUAUAUAUGGCAAGGUGCUGUAGAAUGCCAGAGGAAAGAUGUGGGGGGUUUCUGAUGAUAUAUCCGCUAUUCACCAUUCAUUGGUGCAGCAAUGAUCAGUAAAAUAUCAGUGGUUGCACAGACUGUCAGAAAUGAAAUUGGACAGAACAGCUGGAAAAAUUGUUACAUUCGAAUCUUGCGAUUAAAUGCAUCUGAAACAUUUAUCAGAAUGAGUGCCAUAAUGGAAGUUGUAAAUAAUGGUGCCUUACCUUAUAAUUCAAAUGCUUCUUGUACCUCAUUUCUGAAAUUUAAAAAUAGUUACCUGUUAGCCAGGUUUAACAAACUCUUAUCCAGCUCUUUAAAAGAGGCAGAUGCAUGACACCACCUACUGAAUCUUUUCUUUGGGAAACUUAUUCAGUUUCCUAGACAGAGUUUGAGUUUUAUACCAGCUAUCUGAGUAAGAUUAGUCAGUUCAUUUUAAGUGAAGUCCUCUGUGCAAGUCACUGAUGAUUUGCAAACUUUGAAUGAAGACUGGUUGUUUGUGGUGCCAUGUGAGUGUGUGGUCUUCCAGCAUUAUAAAACGGUUCUUUAAAAUUUCAAGGACCUCCGUAGUGCAGUCUGCAAAUGCAUUCGCGAUUCAUAGUUGAACCCAAGUCCCUACAUCGGGUCACAAAUGAUAUUACACAUAAGAAAAUACUUUACCCCACAACUUCACAUAAUUGAUUCUCCCUACUUGAAAA